UCCCCCUCAUUUCUCUCUCACUCUCAAUCUACUUCCCUCCACCCUCUCCCCUCCUUCCCCCUCCCCAAAAACCAACUCCUUCAUCUUCACUCGCUCAUCCUUCGUGAUUGUAAUAUCCGUCUCACAUCCCACUUUAUCACUUACCCCAUAUCUUCUCUUGACUCAUCGUUCUGCAUCCCCGCAUCAAAAUCCUCGCCGGAGCCUUAUUUGCUUUUUUCGGUCUUUUACUUUCGAAUACUUGUCCAUUUUCUUUCGGUUCAUCCAUCGUGCAAGUGACGCAGCUCUUGUCUGCCCCGAGUAAUCUCUCGCUGGACACUUGAAUUAUAAAUCUCUUCCUCCUGAUUUUCGCACUUGCGCAUUGCCUUUCACAUUGCCUCUAAUCCACCAUGUCGCUCCGUCGCUCGCUGCGCUCCAACGGGGGACGCACUGAUCAAGCAAGCAUGAUAGAUAUUAACGACGUUCCUAGGUCUAUUAAAAAUACCCGUGCUACUGCUGCUGCUGCAUCAACCCCCGCUGUAACGGCGCGGUGUGUUCCAACAGACGCAACCGGAGACUCGUCGAGGCGAUCAAUGCAUCUAACAGUUAAGAUGCCCGCCAAUAAGCUCAAAGAAGUCACCGGAGGGAGCUCCAGAGCGGCGCCUGCUACCCGGCGCUCGGUGAACGUCUUUACGGAGAAUCCCAUCAUCACGGGCCCGCGCAGUAGCCGGCCUAGGAAGAAGCUGGUCGAAGUAGACACCAGUGAUGAGGAUGAUCUCGACGACCAGGAAGAGGACGAGGUCGACGAUGAGGAUGCCCCUGGUGAAGACGAGGAGGACGAAGACGAUGACGAAGAUGAAGAGGACGUCGAGGACGAGGAACUCGAUGCUGAAGGUGAUCUCGACAUGGAUGAUGCCCCGCCGCAACCCCCUAUGCCUAAGCGACAUAUCAAAGCGGCGGCGGCGGCUGCUGCACCCAGUACCAAAGCAGUUAAGAGUGUCGAGGCCAAAGAGAUGGAGUUAGACGAUGACGAUGACGACGAUGACGAGGAAUUAUCGGAGCCUGAGACUGAUGCUGAGGGCGAGCCUGACGAUCAGGACGAGAGUAUGCUAAUGACCGGGAAUGGAGGAGAGGAGCUAGAUGAAGAGGAUGAGGACGAUGAUGAUCUCGACAGUGACGGGACCCCAACUGCGGACCUGACUCGCAUGACUAAACGCCAACGAGGAAAUCUGGGAAAUGAUUUCCUGCAACUGCCCAUGGAACCUCAGGUGAAGAAGCACUUGACCGCGGAGGAGCGCGCUAUGCGUCGCGCGGAGAUGGCUCGUCGACGGAAGAACUUAAGCGAGAAGCGCAACGAAGAAGAGAAGAUGGAUACCAUCAACAGAUUACUGCGCAAGCAAGCCCCCAAGCGCCGGGGACGUAUUCCUGCCGCAGAGGCAGCCGAGAAUGCAUCUGCAGAUCAAGAGAUCCAGGAAGCCUACCAAAAGCCGGACCCCACGAUGGUACGCUGGGUCAGUGGCCGUCACGGGAGCCGCGUGGGCGUGCCGGAAGAGUGGAUCGGCACGCCGGCUGCACAAGUCUUUGGCGCUGGACCUGGCAAACUCGUCCAAGAGGUGUAGUGUAGUUUUUGACGGCGCAUACUCGGAGCUGGGGCGUUCUGGCGGGCUACAACAGGAAGGACAUGUAUUCUAAAUUGAAUGAUUUCUUUAUGUGAAUGUAUGAUACAAUAUGGCAGUAUACCUGGCAGCUUUCAUAGCCCCUGCGAGGGGGUUCUAUCUUGAGUGUUCCCCACA